UCGAUUAUAUCAUUUUCAUCUUUGGGACAUUAUUAAUGAGUAAAAGGCUCUCUCACACUUCAUUGCAGUUGAGCACAGAAGAGAUCGCAGAAUUGGGAGCAGAGGCGUUUAUAAUGAAGCAGUUGCUGAGUAUCGUCCAGCAGAAGGCCUCUCUGGGUGUAGUGGACUCCACUCUGAAGUUUGCAUUGAGUGCUCUGUGGAACUUGACAGAUGAGACGCCCACCGCGUGUCGCCAUUUCAUUCAGUGCCAAGGAAUAGAGCUCUACAUGGAGCUGCUGGAGUCUUAUUAUUCCGAGUCCUCCAUCCAGCAAAAGCUCCUGGGCCUUUUGGUAAAUGUGUUUUAUGUGUUAUAUGUUUGGUAAAUGUAUUUUUUUACCAUGUUAUAUGGUAAAAUUGGUGGAAAGUAAUAGAUUAAUUACAAAGUAAACGCC